GCAGAAGGAGCCUGAUGUCUUGGCCUGAGCUUCUGCCCCCUUCCCUGGUGAUUUUAGCGGGACUGAUUGGGAUCCUGCUGCUUUCUGUCACCACCAAAGAUGUGCAGAACCCUCCCAGGUCCAAGUUCGGCAUCGUGCUGGAUGCUGGCCCAUCCCGCACCGCGCUGUUCAUAUACCGGUGGCCAGCCAGCAAAGAGAACGAUACCGGGGUGGUCAGUGACUAUAGCUCCUGCGCUGAGCCAGGUCCUGGAAUCCACCACUACGCAGGCUCCCCGGAGCAGGCUGGGAGCAGCUUAAAGCCAUGUCUCAGCCAAGCAAUGAAAGAAAUCCCUACGCAGCAGCACGGCCAGACCCCUGUCUAUUUGGGAGCAACUGAUAGUACGAGGCUGAGUCCCGCUGUGUCGGAUUCUCUGCUGGCUGCUGUAUCCUCCGCCCUGAAGUUGUUCCCUUUUGAUUUUCGGGGGGCAGAAAUUCUGUCCCCUCCACAGCAGGCGGUGUUUGGCUGGGUCACGGUUAACUAUCUCCUGGAGAACUUCAUCAAGUACGGCUGGAGUGGACAGUGGAGCCGCUCCAGGAAGGGAACAGUCGGAGUCAUGACCGUAGGAGAUGCCUCAACCCAGGUCACUUUCAAGAUCAAAGAAAGGAGCAUUGCUCCUGAGAACGAGGUGACACUGCGGCUGUUCGGGCAGGCACACAGGGUCUACACUCACCAAGCCCCGUGUUACGGCAGGGACCAGCUCCGCAGGAGGCUGCUGUUGAAAGCCAUACAAGACCAUGGCUAUGUGAGAACUGUAUCUCAUCCCUGCUGGCCUCUCUCCUACUCCCGAGAUGUUCCAUUUGGUUCUGUGCAUGCUGGGCCCUGCAGUGCAAAUAAUAUCCCUUUAAGAGCAGUGACAUCAGAGGACGUGUUUCAUGUAACUGGUUCCAGCAACUCUUCUGCCUGCAGAAAACUAAUGGGAAGUUUGUUCAACUCCUCCUUGUUCUGCAACUUCUCGCAGUGUUCCCCAAAUGGAGUUUUCCAACCCAACAGAGCUAGAUUUCAGGUAAUUUCUGAGGCUCUCGACCUCGUGAAGAAGAUGAAGCCCGCGCCUGACCUGGGCCAGGCAGUCGACUCGCUCUGUGGCAUGUCUCUGGAAGAGCUGAGCAAGAUGUCCCAGGCGAGCCCAGACAGACUUGCUGAUCACUGCUCCGUAUCCACAUUCCUCUACCAUCUCCGUGCCAGGGGGUUCCUGUUUGACUGGGACAGCUCUGGCCAGACGACAUUCCAGGAGGUUGGUAACACAUCAGCUGGCUGGACGCUUGGGUACAUGCUGAACCUGACCAACGCCAUCCCAGAGGAGAAGCCGAGUUCCCUGAAAGGGAUUGAAUAUGGGGUCUGGCCCUUGCUCUUCAUCCUCUUUGUCCUGCUGCUCACGGGCUCUUUCACCCGCAUCGCAUACCGUGUGAUGGCCAAGGACGACGGGCAGGAUGGCAUCUUGGAAGGAGAAUGACGGUCGCCGGGGUUGUCAGCUCUCAGCAGAGGGCAGUUACAGGCCAGGGGGAAGGAACGCACACAAAGGAGUGUCUGGCCUGAAGAGACAAAGGGUUCCGGAGACUUAGUGGGCUGCUGCGAGGCUGUAAAUAGAGAUCACGGACCUUGUUCUGCAGGAAGUGCGGGGUUGCAGUAGCUGGCAAGCUACAGCCCUUCCUGCACCUGUGGAAUGAGAGACGGGGCAGAGCUGUUGCACAGGUGUCAGAAAACGCUCUUUCAUGUUUGUUUGUUUUUCAUCCAACCCCUUCUCCCACAGGCAAACAGCCAGAUAGGGCUGUCAAAUUUCAGGCCAGAGUUCAGCCAGCUGGCCCUUUGCACCAAGCCAAACAGACUGUAAGCCUUUAAUGCCAUAGAAAGUGCCUUGUAACUACCCUGAAUGCUGGGGACAUGCUGGUAGGCUGGUUUUGGUAAUGCUGAAAAGGCAGAUCCCAGUGAAAAAGAGAUACUUACCGAUUCCCUCUACCUUCCUGAAUUUUCUAUACCCUCUGCUCCCUGUCUCCCACUCCCUCCUUUUGUUUUCCUCCCUCCCCCCUUCUCUCCUAUUUAUUUUGGGUCUGCACAUCUUAAACUCAAAACUCCGGCCAUCUGAAGAAGUGGGCUGUGCCCACGAAAGCUCAUGAUACCAUCUACAUGUUUCGUUAGUCUAUAAAGUGCUACCAAAUUAUUUGUUUUUUUAUCCAGUUUUCAGUCACUCCUAGAGGUACUCUGGGGUAUCUCCCUGGAAGUCAGUGAUGCUAGAUUCGCAUCUUGAUGGCUGAGAGCUGAAUCAAUUGGAGAUCCGGUCUUGUGCUCUUUUGAAUGUCUGCCCCAGCAGAAUCAGUAGCUUUUACAGGAAAAAUGGCUUUCUGAGCAUGCCUCAAAGCAAAGAGACGUGACACACGAAUACAACGUUUGUCAGCACAACCGAGCCAGGACAGUCUUGUCGAUUCUAGAAGGGCAGAAGGAAAAUAUGAUCAGACUGAGAAAAAUUUAUUGCAAAAGGUGCUGUCCCAGAAGAACAGAUCUUUUGCCCAGUGAUUGGGAACUGAAUAUCCUUAACAUUCAACUGUGAUGCAAUUGUCGAUUCACUUUCAGGUUCCACUUAUGAAGAUAGCUUUUCAAUCCGAGUAGUAAUUAUCUGAUUGUUUCAGCAUCUUAGUUUUAACAAAGAAAAUAUCCAUGUUUGUCUUCCUGCCAACCUCGUUCUUCCUUGUUAGUAGGAAUCGUCAAGAUGAGGGAUCUUAUUCUUUGUUGGCUUUGUUGGUAUUAUGUGUAUUGGUGUAGCAACCUGAGAUUCUAAUCACUACAAGGACCUCACUUUGCUAGUACUGUGAAAACACAGACAGUCAGCUCAGCCCACAGCUCUUGCAAGAGAGACAAAGGGUAGGAGGGUAAACCGAGGCACAAAAAGUGACGUGGCUUACCCAAGAUCAUACAUCUGGUCAGUAGCAGAGCCAGGGAUAGAAGCCAGAUUGUCUGAUUUCUAGUCCAACGACCAAUCCAUUAGACCAGGAUCCAAGUGACAUAGUUAAUUUGUAUUCCAGCAGCCUUUUGGAGGGCUGCUUUGACACCUGAGCACUGGUAGUAGCGUGUGCUAUUCCAGCAUUCCUGGAACAUGGUACUUUCUGGGGAAUGUCCCCUUCCUAGCCAGUCAUUGUCUCUGCUGCUUUGCUAUCAUCCCUGGUACUAAUCCUUCCUACAGCAACAACAAUCCUAGGAAGACAUGGUGGUUCCCUAGUUCAGUGGUUCAACAUGAGGGGUACUCAGCGAUUUUCCAGCAGGUGCCUCAACUCUACUAGAGGUUUGCCCAGUUUCACAACAGGCUACCCAAAAAGCACUAGCAAAGUCAGUGCAAACUAAAAUGUUGUACAAACAAGGAUUUGCUUAUACUGCUCUGUAUACAGUGCACAGAAAUGUAAGUACAAUAUAUUUAUAAAACAAAUUGUAUAAGUAUAUGGUAAAAGUGAGAAAGUUGGCAAUUGUUCCAUAAGAGUGUGGUGGUGACAGUGAGCAAGUCAUUUUUAAAUGAGGUGAAACUUGGGGCUAUCAAAUCAUAUCAGUCUCUGGAAAGGGACCCCCAAUAGUCUGAAAAGGCUGAGAGCAGCUACCCUAGGUAAGGCCCUGGGUACUUUUAAACUGCUGUAUGAGAGGCCAGUGCUAUUGAGGGAGGUGCUUUUAA